CUGCAUCAGUCGUAAUCGUCAUUUUGUAACGUAAACACAGUCUGAUUUAUUUUUAAAAUUAAAUAUGACCGAAAUAAUGGAACGAAUAAAGUUUAAAAAGUUGAAGGAAAAACUUAAUAAUAGCAACGGAUAUAAAUCAGUAUGUUACCGAUGUUUGACAUUUAUUUUAUACUUUUGGUUCAAAAUACUUGGAUUAUUACCAUGUAAGAUAGACUCUAGGAUAUUACGAGAAAAUCCAAUAGUUGGAAUUGAUAAUUUAAGAUUUAAUUUUUCAUAUGUGGGGCCUUGUUACAAUGUUUUAUUAUUUGUAUUACUUGUGAUAUUUGAUACUUAUAUUGUACAUAAUAUGUUAUCAAUUUAUGUGACUUCUCGUCUAUCAUUAGAAGCAAUAACCAUAGAUAUUUCAUUUAUAAGAAUGCUGUGUGCAAGUGUUAUACCACUUAUUUAUAUUAGGCGGCAAAAAUUGUUUAUAAGUGUUCUCAAUCGGUUUGAAAUUUUAGGCAAAAAAUUGAACAAAUGUGCCGAUUACAAAGUAGAAAAUGAUAAUACCAAUUACUUAAUAUUUACAAUUUAUUUUGUGAUUAUGUGUUGCAUAAUAAUGAUAAGAGAAAUGUAUUUUAAGUCAUUGAUAAGUGUAUUGAUUGCAAGUUUACCAAUUUUAAUCAAUAGUGGGGUGAUAAUACAAUACGCGAUGCUACUGAAUAUAAUAAAAAUACGAUUUAAAAGUAUCAAUUUGACUCUUUCGAAACUAGGAACCACUGAAAGUAAAAUAUCUCUAUCACGACAAUCGGUCCUUGAUGACAUUGACAAUAUUAAACGCGCAUACGUGGAGUUAUGUGAAAUGUGUGAAGAUAUUGGCAAUUUCUAUGGAAUAUCCAUUUUGAUUGUUGUUACUAUUACAUCUCUCAAAAGUAUAUAUAAUUUAUAUUAUAUGUUUUUAGUAUUGAUUGACUUACGAGAAGUUGACAUUAUUAUGAUUCUAAGUGGAAUACAUUUAAUAUGGGAUAAUUUUUUAUUCGCGACAUUAACUACUAGUGUAACAAAAACAAUAAAACAGAAUAGGAAUACGGCUAGAAUUAUAAAUUUUCUAAUGGAUCGAUAUGUAGCCGAUGAGACAAUAAAAAAAAAAUUGGCUAAAUUUUCGAGUAAUCUCUGGCACCUAACUGUUGAAUUCACCGCCUGUGAUAUUUUACCACUGGAUCGUACCCUUCUAGCAAUAGUCAAUGGUACAAUUGCAACGUAUUUGGUUAUCGCAGUACAAUUUCGUGUUAGCUCACCAUCUUAAUUUAAUAAACAUUUACUAUAGUGUUACAAUCAGUAAGCCAAUGUUUGUCUGUAUAUGUAAUCCAAAAUUUCAUCACAUCAUCGAUGCGACAAUAUUUUCAAGAAUUAAUAACCAAAAUAAAUAUUUCCAUUUUCACCAUGCCUGCACCGAAAAUUAAAAUUCCUGAACUGUUUAGAGAGAAGAAAGCCAUAAUUUUUUUUUAACACAGAUGAUAGAAAUUAGCGCAUGCACCAUUCUUUCCACAAAAAGAAGCUAAAAUUUAAACUUUCAAGUGCAGAUCUGGUGAAAAAUUGUAUAC